GAUAUUCUCUCUCUAGCAGUCUAGCUGCUCUGGUAUUACAGAGAGAGAGAGAGAGAGGGGGGGGGGUUGUGGAGCCCAAAACUGGACCUCUGCUUUGCUGGCUUCCUAGCUCUCCAUUGUUGGUCUUUUAUGGGGCUUGUCUGCUAAGCAAAAAAGAAAAAUUUAGUUAGAUAGAGAGAGAGAGAGAGAGAGGAGGGAAUAGAGAGAGAAAGUUAGGGGGGCCGACGGGCUUCUUCAUCUUCUUAAUUUAACAAAGGCUUGACCUUUAUCGAGAACCCACAUCCAUUUUUUUUCACUUCCCAUUCCUAAUUCCAUCUUCUUCCUCCUCCUUCCUUUCUCAACACCAGUUGUGGGGAAACGAGAAAGAAAAGGAAAACCCCCUCAAAAGCCCACUUUGUGAUUUCCUGUUGUGAUUCUGUUAAAAUUUCCCCAGCCCUUACCUCUGGAGGAAGGAUCCACAGAUCUAACUCACAUGAAGUUUGUUCCUCAACUGUUGGGUGAUAAUAAAGGUAGGGACUUUGGAAAGAGUGGGGGGAGAAAGCUGAUUCAGAUUUUGAUUGAUUGAUUAAUUUUGGUCCAGAGGUAAGUCCCUAGGGGGUAGAUAAUGAGGAAGAAAAGAGGAUGCUUGUUUUUGUUGAAGUUUUAGUUGAAUUUUGGUGGUUGAUUGGUUCGUACCAAGUUGGGAUUUGGUCCUCUCGAAAUGGGAUUUUUGAUGGCUUCAAUGUGAAAGGUUGGACCUUCUGGAGGAAGUUUCUAACCUUGGUGUUUUGUUUGCCCCCCUAAAUGGCCUGAAACUGACCAAUAUCUUUCUCUGUUGAAUGUGGUGACCAAUCAAAUGUCCAAUUUACCCAGUUCCCGUGUUCCUCUUUACUUGCUCCUCACUAAUUUGGGUCUCGUGUUUUGAUUUUUCCAUCAUUUGCGGCUUUGGUUCUUCUAGAGGUCGACAAUUGUGUAUGGUUCUGCUGCGAAUUCACGUCUGAAACCAGCAGAAGUGAAAGGCGGCUGCUUUAGAUCCUGUACAAUUGACUGGUUUAGUUGGAAGGGUUUUAGGUCUAUUGUGUUGAACUCUUGCUAUCCAAGUUUAGGCUGCAUUCAAAUGUUUAUAGGUGUGUAGUGCUUGUUUACAUUUUCCCCCCUGCGUCUGAAGUUUUGAGGGACUUUGUUUGUUGGUGAAUUGGGUAUUCUCGAAGGGCUUAUUUGUGUUUCUGUUUUGUUCUGUGAAGGUUGAAGAGCGGUGAAGAGGGUAGGAUUUAGAAACUGAGAUUUCUGCUGUCAAGAGCUUUGUUAAAUGCUGAUGAUUAGGUGCUUUGUCACUUGCCAAAAAAAGUUGGGAUGGCUGUUUGGUUGAGAUGAGGGAUGUUAUCUGGCUUGAUGAGCUUAUUGAGGGCUUGUUUUCGGCCGAGUUCCGAUCAAUAUGGUCACUCGAAUCCUGAAACCAGUGGUCGACAGGAGGGGCUGUUGUGGUACAAAGACCAUGGGCAGCAUGUGAAUGGCGAGUUCUCUAUGGCAGUAGUGCAGGCCAACAAUUUGCUUGAGGACCAGAGUCAGCUCGAGUCAGGAAGUCUGAGCUCGAACGACUCUGGUCCAUUUGGUACUUUUGUUGGUGUUUAUGAUGGGCAUGGUGGCCCUGAGACGUCUCGCUAUGUCAAUGAUCACCUGUUUCAGCAUCUCAAGAGGUUUACUUCAGAGCAACAGUCUAUGUCAGCAGAUGUAAUUCGAAAAGCAUUUCAAGCAACGGAGGAGGGCUUCCUAUCGGUUGUGACGAGACAAUGGUCGAUGAAGCCACAGAUUGCAGCAGUUGGUUCGUGCUGCCUGGUGGGUGUUGUUUGCAAUGAAAACCUUUACAUAGCCAACCUUGGUGAUUCCCGGGCUGUUUUAGGUAGAGCUGUGAAGGCGACAGGAGAAGUUUUGUCCAUUCAGCUGUCAGCUGAGCACAAUGCAAGCUAUGAGUCUGUAAGGCAGGAGCUGUUUUCUAUGCAUCCCGAUGACUCAAAUAUUGUGGUCUUGAAGCAUAACGUAUGGCGUGUGAAAGGCCUUAUACAGAUAUCCAGAUCCAUAGGUGACGUAUACUUGAAGAAGGCUGAGUUCAACCGGGAGCCUCUAUAUGCGAAGUUUAGGCUUCGGGAACCAUUCAAAAGACCUAUAUUGAGUGCCGAUCCCUCCAUUUCAGUACAUAAACUACUACCGGUCGAUCAAUUUGUCAUUUUCGCAUCUGAUGGCCUGUGGGAGCAUCUAAGCAAUCAAGAGGCAGUCGAUAUAGUUCAGAAUCAUCCGCGAAGUGGGAUUGCAAGGAGGCUGGUGAAGACUGCACUACAAGAAGCAGCAAAGAAGAGGGAAAUGAGGUACUCAGACUUGAAGAAGAUCGACCGCGGGGUUCGUCGCCAUUUCCACGACGACAUCACCGUGAUCGUAUUGUUCCUCGACUCAAACCUCGUGAGCCGGGCGGCGACGACCAAUGGUGGCUUGGGAAACAAGAUCUUCAACGUAUCUGUUAGAGGGGCUGGAAUCAGCAUCCCUUCUAGUACACUGGCUAGUACUACUCCUACAACCACCUGAUGAUGCCUUGGUAGACAAGGCAUCUGGUGGAGAUGGAUUUGUUUUCUUCUACCAAUAUUUUUGUUUCUCUUUAUAAAUCGGUUUCUUUUAUAAAAGUUUUUAUCUUUGUUGUACUGGCUCUCAGUGUGAAUACCCACCAGAUUAGCUGCUUCCCACGCGUAAAACAGGGUCAGAAGAAGAGAAAUGGAGAAAGAUUGAUUCUUUUCUUUUUUAUGAUUAUGAUGUACAAUUGUAACUUGUAACUUGGGGAGAACAGAUGAUACUUUGCACUCCUUUUCUUUUUUCCUGCUAACUUACAUAUGGCAAGAGAUCAAGAUAUAUACUACCUGUCGUGUUAAUGUACAAAGUGACUCCGCCCUCAACCACGAAAUUUUCGAAACCAGUUGCUAUGAGUUAACGAGACAUCACCGCCAUAUGUCGAAAACCCGAGUAACAAAAGGUAUCGAAUUUCGAUCUCAGCGUUUUGUUUUGAUUGAACUAGCUGGAGAUGUGACUGAGAAAAGAGCAGAAAAACCAGAACCUGAAGCAAGUAAAGAUUGCAGCAAGGAGUAAAGCUCCCAGCUUUACAACAAAUCUCUCGACUUGGGAUUAGGUGAAGUUCAACUGAGAAGUCUAAGGUCAUUGUCUAAAUUUAUCCAUAGAUUAAAAAAUCACAUAACUUGGAAAUUGCAUAGCAAAAGAACAUCCAAAAGAAAAGACUUCAAAAAACCAAAACGGAGAGAACUAGAGCACCAAUCCCCCAACACAACGGCGUCGUUUUCAGCCUCACAUCCCUGGAGUUGACCUUGGUCCCCUGGUCGUUGACCUGGAAAUCAGCUCCCACCGCAAUCCGAUGCCGCUUGGUCUUGAAGAAAAUGAUCUUGUACCUAACCCGGGUCGCGAUAUCCACCCGGAAGGAACGCGGCGUUGACGACGAAUCGUUGCCCCGCCGGAGAAUCGCCGCCGCCCCCGUGGCGGCGGCCGUGGCGUUGAGGGAGCCGCUCUUGGUGGCCUUCUUCUGGUGGCCCUGGUAGAACGGCGGGAUGGUGAAAUUACCCAAGGGGAUGCUCUUGUUGUUGCCGCCGUCGAUGGAGUAGAAGGCGACCUUAACGGCGUCGUAGUAAACCCCUUUGUCCUUGUUGGGAUUCUCCAGCCGCAGAUCGAACGAGAGGAGGGCGGCGGAGGAGGAGUUCGCCGUCGCCGCCGGAGGGAUUGGGUGGGAGCGAUUGAGGGACGGGAUGGAGAUGUUUUGGAGGAAGAGCUUCGGUGUGGAGGUGCGGAGGCUUAGCCAGAGGAAGAGGGCGGUGAGGCCGCUGGUUAGUAUGAAGCUGCUGCAGCACCUGCAGCAGGUGUCGGCGGUGCCGUCGGACAUGGCCGCCGAUUAGAAAAUUUCAACGGAGGGGGAGGGGAUUUGGUUGAAUACAAGCAAGAAGAAAUGAAUUUGCAUUUCACAAAGGCGAAUCAAUUUGAGGGUUUGUUGGAAGGAAGCAGGGCAGUGGGGGAGGGAAAAUGGAGGACCCACCACUCUACAGGUUUCUUGGAACCAUAGGAAAGGAAU